AUGGCGGAGUUCGAUGAUCAGCACAGCAGGGUUCCUGAGUCGGUCUUUUUGGGUGUGCUAUGGGCUCUCACAGGAGUAUCGUUUAUCUUUCUUGUAUUUCGCAUAUACGCUCAAGUUACCUCGUUCCGUCGACUAUUCCUAGAUGACUUUCUGGUUGUCCUUUCAUGGGUCAUCAUACUCACAGCUGCGAUCAUUUGGCAAAUCGAGGGAAAGGUUCUUUAUGAGUUAUACGCAAUCAGUGCUGGUACAAAGCCAUUCAAUCUUGAAUUUCUGCCGAGGUACAAUACAUUCAUGCGCUUCAAUGCCGCAUUCGAGAUACUGUUCUAUUCAGCCCUGUGGUGUGUCAAAUUCUCAUUCAUGGCACUCUUCUACCGAAUCAGUGCCAAGGUCAAAUCUCUGCGUAUUUGGUGGUUUGUGGUUCUUUUCUGCACAGCGAGUGUCUACAUUGCAUCGAUAGGCGAUAUCGAAUACAAAUGCAGUUUUGGAGGGCUGGAGUAUAUCAUCACUCAAUGCCCCCAACCUAAUCAUGUUCAUUACGAGAAUCGCAUGUUCUGGGCCAACUGUGCUGGAGAUGUUAUCACGGACUUGAUGAUCCUGUCCAUUCCCUUCCUUGUGUUAUGGAGAACGCGGAUCUCACUCCGCAAAAAGCUUAUCCUCCUCAGUAUUUUCUCCGCAACCAUCUUCAUUAUGGUCGUCGCCAUCAUCCGGGUGGCCACCGGGAUGACCUAUGACCGUCAGAUGAAUAUCGACUGGCUUUGUUUCUGGAGCUUCGUUGAGGUGGAAGUCGCAAUUAUUGUCUCCUGUGUCGCCUCUCUCCGACAACUCUUCGUCACAUCACAGAAUCAGAGCUCAUCUGGAAGGGCCGCUUAUCCUAAUGCGACAGAUCCCAUUUUAAAAAAGUCAAAAGAGGAGUAUAACCAAGAUCCGUCGCGGUCGCUCGGGUCUCUCGGGGAUGUCCAGUCACACACAAAUGAUGAAGUACUCAUGUCGCCUUUGAGCGUUGUGCGUGUUCGUCAGGACUUUGAAGUCACUCACACUGAUGCAAGCCAGUCUGCAGAUAUCUUCUUUGCACGCAAGGUUGAGGCCUUCUUGAUGGAACGUGUCGAACUCGAGAACUACGGCUCCCCAACAACGCAGGUUGCAACCCGAUCCAAAGUCCAGUGGAAUGAUCUUCCCUAUCGCAUGAAACGCCUUUAUCUCUAUUGCAAGCUUCAGAUCCAUGACUACAGCCAAUGUUCGUGGUCCAUCCUCGUUCGAGAGAUAAUCGAUCUCCCGAAUCAGAGAACUACCAACGAAACCGCAACUCUUAUCAACAACCUCAUCGAUGCAUAUCUAUGUGGUAGAUUCGAUGACUGUCGCAAACUGCUCGAUCCUGUUUCUAAUACAGAAGAUGGCAAAUUAAUCUUUGCUCGCCCCAGUGAUGGAUUUUACACACCAUUUGAGUCAUUCGAAACAACAUUGCAAUGCGCACUAGCAACGAGUGCCAUUCAAAGAGGAGACUGCGCCCGGCUGCAGGCGAUCCUUGGUCAAGGGGGCAAAAUUACAAUCUGGAGUAAUAGACUGGGCAUUCUUCCGCUGGAUAUCGCUGCCAAAAAGGGAUCUGGGGCGAUUAUAGAGCUACUUCUGGCAAAUGGUUGUCCAAUGCGCUAUGAAUUUUAUCGACGUGGCGAGUGGCACAGGUAUGAUUACGUCGAAGUCCUGGACACGAUGGCGGAGAAUGGCAACGACCAGGGAUUAGAUGUGUUGAUUGGCCACAUGGCAAAAGAGGGGGAAAUGUGUUCAGGAAUUUUGAAGCGGAUGAUGACCAGAGCCGUUGGGGGUGGACAUAUUUCGGUGAUGAAACUCGUCCAGCAGAAAUGUGAAACCAUGUAUGGCAGCCCUGGAUGGGAUCCUCAAAUGCUCGGGCAUGCCAUCGAUUAUGGGUCUUUGACUGCCAUAAAGUAUCUGUUCCAUCGGGGCGAGGUGGAUGUAAACACACGAGCGUCCCCGAUUGAUAGGAGUCCGCUUUUGAGAUCAGUGUAUAGAACUCCAAUUUCCAGGAGGCCGGAGAUUGUCAGUUUCCUUCUUGAAAAUGGGGCAGAUUCAAAUGGGACAGAACUGCCAAAGAAAAAGACACCCUUGGAAGUGGCAGUGAAAGCAAAGGAUUAUGAAUCUGCUUCAAUUCUACUGAAGCAUGGAGCAGUCGCCAACUCUAGAUGGAUGAUGUCUUUACUACUUGAUAAUAGCAAGCCGAUAUGUGCCGCUUUGGCUCAGCUGUUAUGGCCUAGUGGGGGCAGUUACGAGAAAUACAAGGCGGGAGGAAAGUCGUACAUGCUCUGUCGUGAUGCGAAGAAAAUAAGCAAUAUUGAGAACGCUUUCAUAGACCUAGGUUGGGACGAGCAGUAUGUGAAAGAAGUGGAGUUUACUCAUUUUAUCGACCUCUAUUCGUGA